GUCAGCUUAAUUUGUAACUGCUGAAACAAAUUUUCAUCGCCUCCUUUACUGCCUUUGGAGCGUCUGAUUGCUGUUAGAUUGUUUUGAUUUCUAGCGCUUGCAAAUAGAAGAGUGGGGAUACUAUGGCUGCCUCAGUUGCCAUGCAAUCUUUUCUCGGUAGCCCAGUUGCCGGAGUCUUCAGCCGAAGGGAGCUAAACCAAGUUGUUCGAUUAAGCUGUGGGCUUCAUCUGCCAAAGAGGGCCAACUUCAGAGUCAGAAGCAUGGCUGAACAGGAAAAUGAUAAAGAGACAGCAGACGCAGCUCCUCAGCCAACCCAGCCAAAUGUUGCCCGGCCUAAUCCUGCCCCAAAACCAAAGGUCAGCACCAAAUUUGAAGACGUUCUUGCGUUCAGCGGGCCUGGACCAGAGAGGAUAAAUGGCCGGCUUGCCAUGAUAGGGUUUGUUGCAGCUAUAGGUGUAGAGCUAGGCAAGGGUCAGGAUCUGUUCGCUCAGAUCAAUGAUGGUGGGCUGUUAUGGUUCAUUGGGACUAGUGUCUUGCUGUCUACAGCUUCCUUGAUCCCUCUUUUUAGAGGGGUCAGGGCUGAAGCAGAGGGUGGGGGGUUCAUGAAUUCAGAUGCUGAGUUGUGGAAUGGCAGAUUUGCUAUGUUAGGCCUGAUAGCUCUUGCGUUCACUGAAUAUCUCAAAGGAGGUGCCCUCGUGUAGAUAGAUAAUCAUGGUUCAGCAUUAUAGUGGAGCAUCUGUCUCUAUGAAAUUUGCAAGAACGUACUUCGGAAUAAAGUAAAUUCAGAAUUUGAAAUUCA